CGCAGGCGCUGCCAUGGCGACGGCGGCGGAGGAGCAGCGCCGGGACGCGGCCCGGGAGGAAGGCUCGGACGGCGCCCAGGAUGAGGCCGCGGCCGGCGCUGAGGAGACGGUGAAGAUCAUCUGCCUGGGCGACAGCGCCGUGGGCAAGUCCAAGCUGCUGGAGCGGUUCCUGCUCGAUGGCUUCCGCCCGCAGCAGGUGUCCACGUUCGCGCUGACGCUGUACCAGCACCGCGCCCGCGUGGGCGAGCAGGAGGUCCGCGUGGACUUCUGGGACACGGCGGGCCAGGAGCGGUUCCGGAGCAUGCACGCCUCCUACUACCACCAGGCCCAUGCCUGCAUCAUGGUGUUUGAUGUGCAGCGGAAGGUCACCUACAAGAACCUGAACAGCUGGUACAAGGAGCUGAGGGAAUUCCGCCCAGAGAUUCCAUGCAUUGUAGUGGCCAACAAGAUUGAUGCCGAUAUGAAGGUCACCCAGAAAAGCUUCAAUUUUGCCCGGAAGUUCAGUUUGCCCUUUUACUUUGUGUCUGCUGCCGAUGGCACCAACGUGGUGAAGCUCUUCAACGAUGCCAUCAGACUGGCUGUGGCUUACAAGCAGCACUCAGGAGACUUCAUGGACGAGGUUCUGCGGGAGCUGGAGAGCUUUGACCUGCAGAAGACAAGCAAGGAUUUGCUGGAUAAAGGGAAGAGCUGCACUGAAGAGGAACCCUCAUCUGUCUAGGCUUGGACUUGUAGCCUGGUUUUCCCUUGGCUCUGGACUUCUGGGACCUGCACAGAGGACAAUGAUGUCUCUUGUGCCCUAGAGCUGUGGCAAUGGGCAGCCGGGCCUCUUCCCUUCUUGUGGGAGCCUACCUGGGCAGGAUCUUCAUUGGCUCAGCCCUCACUGCUGCACAUUUCGCUCAGGGGAGAGAUGGGAGAAUCCACAUGAUUCCACAUGGACUGUCACUCAAUCCUACUACUCCUUCAGGACAGAGCUGGCUAGGAGAAGUGAGCUCUCUUGGACCUGCAGGAAUGAUCCUGCCCAGAUGCUGUAGUGGUACCUGCUGCAGAAAGCAAAUACUAAAGGAUAUUUUUUACAAAGCUA